GAAACUGGAAACCAGUGGCCAUCUGUUGUUUAGUCCACUCAAAAGAGGAUGUGGAGGCUUGUUUUUCCUCCAGACCCAAGGGUGUUCAGGAGACCCGCAGCCCCCUGGCCUGUCUCCCACGAAGCGUCUCUGAGAAGGCAGUGGGUUUUUGGGCUGUGUGAAGCUCCUCAAGUGGACCCUGGAGCAUGGAACACAUCCACAGCAGUGAUGGGAGUCCCAGCAGCAGCCACCAGAACCCCAAGAGCACAGCCAAAUGGGCAGCCUCCCUGGAGAAUCUGCUUGAAGACCCAGAAGGCGUGAAAAGAUUUAGGGAAUUUUUAAAAAAGGAAUUCAGUGAAGAAAAUGUUUUAUUUUGGCUAGCGUGUGAAGAUUUUAAGAAAACACAGGAUAAGAAGCAGAUGCAGGAAAAGGCAAAAGAGAUCUACAUGACCUUUCUGUCCAGUAAGGCCUCAUCGCAAGUCAACGUUGAGGGGCAGUCCCGGCUCAAUGAGAAGAUACUGGAAGAACCACACCCACUGAUGUUCCAGAAACUCCAGGACCAGAUGAGGGUGCCUCGGGGAACGUGUCCUUUCCUGGAGCCGCAGAUUCGGCACAACCUCCAGUUGGAGCACCGCGUGGAUAUUUUCUGUGGCGAAAGGCAAAAUCCUAAUCAGUCAUCGCCUUGGGAUACUGGAGGGGGGGGGCGUGGCUGUGUAGUUGGACCCUGUGCAAGGAUGCCCACGGGUGGGAAGCCUCCCUUGCCUUUAUCACCGAGAGUUCCACCUCCAGUCGCCUGCAGGAAUGGAUCCCAAGACGACGACGCUAAAUAGUUACAGUCCAGGCAUGCCACUUACAGAGUGGGGCAGCCAAAACCUGAAACCUGCUGAGCCACAGCUGCCUUGGCCAAAAAAAAAAAAAAAGGACGGAAUGCAGUUUAGCUGCCAACUCAAGUUUUCUGCUUCAUAUCGGCCGCCUGUCUCUCAGAGGACCGUCGUCUGCUGUCCAGCCUGCUCUGAUGCCGUCCGCCUACCUGGAGCCCUCCCCCCAGCCCUGCUCGAUUUGUCUCCACCUUCUUCCUUUCUCUUCCCUGUAGACAACUUGAGGUGUGCUGUCAGUUCAGGCCCGGUGAGGCCGGUUCUCCCCAUCUGAGAGUCCUUGUUUUGUAGAACCUUCUGGAACACCUCGGGCCAUCUCCUUUUCCGUGCUCAAGUAGGAGUGAGCUGAAAUCAGUAAGCCAACUGUUAGUUUCCAAGGGCCAUCUUAACAAGCUAUCUCGAACUGAGUCACUUAAAACAACAGAAAUCUAUUUUCUAAGUUCAGGAGGUCAGAAAUCCAAAAUCAAGGUGUCGGCAAGGCUGUGCCCCUCUGGAAGGUUCUACGGAGGAAUCUUUUCCUGCCUCCUCCUGGCAGGGGCUAGCAUUCCUUGGUGUUCCUGGCUUAUAGCAGCAUCACUCAGAUCUAUGCUUCUGUCUUCAGACCUAUGGUCUCUUCCCUCUGUGUCCCUCUGUGGUGUCCUUCCUUCUCAUGAAGAUACCACUCCUUGAAUGAUGAUGUCAUCUCAAGAUCCUCAACUAACCUUAUUCCAAAUAAGGUCACAUUCUGAGGUUCCAGGUGGAUGUACACUUUGGGGGUACACCAUUCAACCCACCGCACUGACUUUUAGGGAUAUUUGUUUCCCAUUUAUAUACACAAAUACAUGUCUUUUUUUAAACAUUUUUAAUUUUUUUAAAGUAAUCUCUACA